GAGUGUGGACAAAGAGGAGCAGCCAGCGCCGACCGCUCCACAAGUGGACCGGCUGUCUUUGUCUCCUGACAGCUUUCUUUUUGCCCGCUCAGCUGAGCGCCGCGCUAGUCGGCCGACGGCGCACGAAAUGUGCGAUGCGGCACCGACAGAUGGCGCUGAAUCAAAGCGCCUCGAGCUGAAACCAGUUUGCAUGGCGCCUAGGCGCGGCGGCGGUACCGUUUUCAAAGCCACAGAUGCCACCGCACGUGCAGGAGGGUCCGUGGCGGUGGACUCGGCGGCCCGCUCCACCAUGAGCAAGACGUUCCACCGGCGAUCGACGGCCGCCUGCGGCCUGGUGGUGCUCAUGCUGCUGCUGUGCUCUGUCGGUCUUCUCAUUGCUUUCCUUAAGGGACACCAGCAGCAGACGCGAGACGCUCACAUGCGCCAGGGGGCGACGCCACGACGCGGGGUAAACAACGACGGCGGCAACUUUCCAAGUCGCCGAACGACCCAGCCACCGUCGACUACGACGACGCCCAGGCCACCGCUGCAGACAACCACUGUAGAGCCACCCAAGCCGAAGCUGGACUUCAGGCUACCCACGCACGUAGUGCCGCUCGCGUAUGAUCUGAUGCUCGAGCCUCAUCUGAGCAGGGACACGUUCGACGGCGAAGUGUGGAUCAUGGUAAACGCGACGCGACCUGUGAACCGUUUCGUCGUUCAUGUCUUCCGGCUGACUGUCGAUGAGACCGAGGUGCUGUUUGAGGACGGCAGCCCACUGAGCACGGGGCCACCGUUCGAAGACGACCUAAAUGAGUUCUUCGUGGUACCUGUCGCCGACAAGCCUGGUCCCGCGGGUCUCUACCGCCUGCAUUUCAAGUUCAGGGGCUCGUUGGUUGGUGGCAUCGUAGGUUUCUACAAGAGCAGCUACAAGAUCGACAACGAGAUCAGGUAUCUCGCAACUUCCAAGUUCCAGCCCACGUACGCGCGGCGGGCCUUUCCAUGCUUCGACGAGCCCAACUUCAAGUCGAAGUUCAACGUCACCAUUAUACACGACAGCGACCACAUGGCACUGUCAAACAUGCCGGUUCUCAGCGGAUACCCGGUUACCCGUGAAGACGGAAAAAUGGUGACGAAGUUCGAGGAGUCCGUGCCAAUGGUGACUUACUUGGUAUGCUUCAUCGUCUGUGAUUUUGACCGGGUGCAGACUACGGCGUCUAUGGACCAGAUACCGUUCUCCGUAUACGCUGCUCCCAACCAGCUCAACAAAACCUACUACGCCCUCGACAUCGGCUCGAGGAUACUAAGUUUCUACGAGAAGUACUUCGGCUUGAAGUACCCUCUGCCUAAACAAGACAUGAUCGCCAUUCCGGACUUCGUGUCGGGGGCGAUGGAGCACUGGGGCCUCAUCACCUUCCGAGAAGUGAACCUCCUUUACGACUCGAAAAAGUCCAGUCCACGGAAUAAACAGCGAGUGGCAGCUGUCAUAGCCCACGAGCUCGCACAUCAGUGGUUUGGAAACCUCGUGACCAUGAAGUGGUGGGACGACUUGUGGCUGAACGAAGGUUUCGCAAGUUACAUUGAGUACAAGGGCAUCGACCACGUUGAACCAGAGUGGGACAUGAUGAACCAGUUUUUGACGGAGGACUUACAACCCGUAAUGGACUUGGAUUCAACAACCACUUCGCACCCGGUGGUUCAGAGCGUCAGCCACCCGGACGAGAUCACAGAGAUCUUCGACACCAUUUCCUACAACAAGGGUGCGUCCGUGCUUCGAAUGCUCGAGAACUUCCUUGGGCCUUCGAUCUUUCAGAGGGGUGUAUCGUCCUUUUUGGAAAACCACCAGUUCGGAAACGCCAAAACUGAAGACCUGUGGGCAGAACUUUCUGAAGCGGCUAGUGAUACGCUGCCGGAGGGCUACAACGUAUCAGUCAUUAUGGACACGUGGACACGCCAGAUGGGCUACCCGGUGGUAACCAUCAGUCGCAGCCCCGACGACCCAACGCUCAUACGAGUGGUCCAGGAACGCUUCCUGCGCAAUACGCAGCACCAGCGAAACGAAUCCGACGUUUCUCCUUACGGGUACAAAUGGAGCAUACCUCUCAGCUACAAGACUUCGGCGGCAAAAAAUAAAGUCAAGCAGAUCUGGCUUCACGACGAACAAGAUGAAUUCCACAUUUACGACGCCGGGCAGCAUGGCUGGGUUAAGUUUAACGUCAACCAGACCGGCUACUAUCUGGUCAAUUAUGACCCAACCGAUUGGCAGCGGCUCGGAGAGGUUCUUCAAAAGCACCACGAGGAAUUGACACCUGCUGACAGGUCAAACCUGCUUUAUGACGCCUUCCAACUAGCCUGGUCCAACCGUCUGUCAUAUGAUGUUCUCUUUAAUAUGACUCAGUACUUAAUACAUGAGAUGCACCUCAUACCAUGGUCAACAGCGCAUGGAUCUCUGCUUGCGCUGACGCAUCUCCUCGAAAACACCGAGGUCCGACGACCCAUGCAGACUUAUAUCCGCAAGUUGGUCGACCCCAUUUACAAGACGCUUGGAUGGGAAGACGGCGAUAAGCACAUGAACAAUCUAGUCACGAUAUCUUCCAUCAAGAACGACCAGGCUCGGGGUAAUGCCAUUGCCGUGCUUCGGCGCGAGUUCCCCGCCGACGACGGCGGCAGCAGCAGUGGCGGGGACUACAAUGUUUGCUCGAGCUGCAAGAAUUCGCUAGUGGCGGGAAAGGUGCCUCCAAUGAGCGUAUCUUAUGGCUACACGUACCCACCCAAACCGGAUCACUUGCCGCCUCUGAACCCCGUUGAGGAACGACUGAUCGCUCCUCGUCUACCGUUCAUGAGCGUGAGGCGGUUGACACACGGAAGCAGACAGUACGGCAUCAAGGGGCAAGUGGUUAACGUUCCGAUAAACGUCCCCAACACGGUUCAAUGCCUACCUCGGAACGUUCCGGACGACGUGGCCAUCGACGUUCAUCUCAAGCGCCGGCUCGUGUGCAAACCGUCGUAUAAGAAAGGUCUCGUUAAGAAACGUAACGUCCACGAGUGGCUCAAACACCUCGAGCAUUCUCCGUUAUACAAGUACCUCAAAAUCAAAAUUGAUUGGAGCCGCCUCGCGAACGUGCAAGACGACGGUGACGUGGACGACGACGAGAUCGAGCCGGCGCCGGAGGUUACCGACCUGGAAGAACCUAUGCAGGCGGCGAUUGCACUCAACGCAAUGGCGCAUACCAUGAUCUUUGACGACGGAGCCUGCGUCAUCACUAACUGCGUCAACAGCGGCGGCGACGUUGCGGCGGAAUCUGUGGCGGGAAAGGCGGCCGUGGCUGUAGGCGGAACCACCGUGCGCUCUGCUUUCAAGCUCACUCGCAACAAGAAGGACCUCGGAUUGGGCGACAACGAACUCAAUACCUUUCGAGUUGCUUUCCGUUACGUCAAGUGCAUCAUCGUUGACGAGGUCAGCAUGCUGUCGUCUGAUAACCUCAAUGCCAUCGAUUGUCGCCUCAAGCAAAUCACCCAAAAGCUAGACGAACCCUUCGGAGGCCUCGACGUCAUCAUGUGCGGUGAUUUGCGCCAGUUACCACCCGUCCGCGCAAACGAGGUGUACAAGAGGUGCAGAGAAGCGGGUGGGCUCUUCGGGGCCACAAUCAAAUGGCACUACCUCGAUUACUUUCCGCUCGUCCAAGUCGUCAGACAAUCCGAUGCCUCCUUCUCGGCUCUGCUCACAAAGAUCGGAGACGGAAGAGCACUUCAGGACGAUGAGGUCCGACUACUCGAGAGCUGCUUCGUCACCACAGAAGAAGUCUUGGUUCGUGCGUCCUCGGCGAUACGACUCUUCUACUCCAACGAAGAGGUCAACAAAUUCAAUACUUUCAUUGCACAGCGAGGAGGAGGAGAAGUCGUUUCACUGCAAGCCAAAGAUACCUACCUGGGGUGCGCCAACCAAGACGCUCUGAACAAGGCAAUCGCAAAAGUUGAGAAAAUGUCACACACCGAGUUUGCAAACCUCCCUCGCGAAAUUGUCAUCGUCCUCCGCAAACCGUACAUGAUUACCACCAACAUUGACGUCAUAGACGGUCUCGUCAAUGGGGCCGUUGGCAUUCUCAAGGUGUGCGAGAGAGCGGUAAACGACGGCGACUUGCCGAAACGCCUCUGGUUACACUUUGACGACGCCACAACCACGGGUAAGCUUACUCGUCUUCGGUCCAAGCGAAUGGUGAACGAGGCCAAGCGGAGUGGUCACGUCAUCGACGCCUUCUGGGUCCCCAUCGAACCUGGUGUUACCACCCUAACCUUGGAUCGCAAGACUGGCGUUGCCUGCAAGAGAAGGCAGUUCCCCCUCGUUCAGGCCAGUGCCAUUACGGUCCACAAGUCCCAAGAGGGAACGUACUCGUCAAUUGUCUAUGAAUAUAAUAAAACGCACCCCCAGAAGUUGGUGUACGUCGCGCUCAGCUGCUGCACCAACGUAAAUAACCUCUACCUCACCAAUGCAAAAGGAGACCAGCGGUUCUACCAUAAAGACAAGAACGAGGACACGGCGAUGCUGAACGAGUUUCAACGUCUAGGCCGACAUCGAUUACCGACCGUGACGCAGCAGUAUCAACGAUCUCUGCGAGAAGACGUUAACUCUUCCAACGAGUUUACCAUUGCCCUCCUCAACGUUCGCUUUCUCAAUGCCCACGCACUUGACAUAGAAAGGGACCCCAUACUGACCGCAGUCGACGUGCUGUGCUUUACCGAGACGUGGAACGUGACGAGAUUGUUCAUCAAAGGAUACGUUCCCGUCGUGUGUACCGAUGAAUCAGAACGUCCUGCAGGUGGUGUCGCCAUCUACGUGAGGCAAACGGAAACGGCUGAAGAUCUCAGACUACCACUCACGAGUCAAAGCCAAAACAGAGAAUAUGCAGCCAUCAAACUCUUUGACUCUGGAAUCAUCCUCAUGACCAUUAUGCUGAGAAGAGUCAUAUUGGACCUGGCAUGCCGAAAUCUACAUCAAGAGUGCCUCAAAGAAGCAAAGCGACGCCUCUCAGCUUGGGUAGAUGGUGGGCAGGAAGUACCAAGAAAUAUUAGAGGCAUUGUUUACCGCUACGGAAUUUACCAGAGCAGUGGUGACCAUGAAUGGCAGUUUAUGUGGGAAAAAUACUUGAAGGAAGUCUCAGCCCAAGAAAGGAUCAACCUGCUUUAUGGCCUUGCCCAUGUGAGGAGUCCACCACUGAUUCACAGAUACUUGGCAUAUGCAAUGAAUGAGAGCUACGUCCGUAGGCAAGAUUUUUUCAGUGUACUCUCCUUCCUUGCUGGAAAUCCAGUUGGCCGUGACAUUGUUUGGAAAUUUGUGCGAUACAAGUGGGACAGGCUUGUCCACAGAUUCUCUCUGAAUGACCGCAACUUUGGAAAUGUUGUGAAGACAAUAUGUGAUUAUUUCACGAAACAGUUUGAUUACAAUGAGAUGCAGGCUUUCUUCCACAAGAACCCAAAUGCUGGUGCAGGCAAGAGAGCUCGUGAGCAAGCUUUGGAAAAUGUUCGCAACAACAUAGCAUGGAUCAAACAUCAUGAACCCAGCGUGGCCCGAUGGUUGACCACCAACGUCAUUCCAGAACCCUGGGAAAAUAUGCGUUUGCCGCGUCAUGUGAUUCCAGCAAGCUAUGACAUCACGCUUGAACCUAUUCCUUCAGAAAAUGUUACAGUAGGUUCUAGCACAAUUAGGAUCACAGUGGUGAAAGCUACCAGUGUUCUUCUGGUGCAUGCAAAGAAUGUCAACAUUACCCGGACAGUUGUAAUGCGUCACAAGCGUGACACAUUUGAAGAGGUCUCCCUGCUUAUUGAACCUUUCUUGUACAUAGAAAAUGACUACUGGGUCAUACAGACCAGGGACAUUCUCCCUCCUGGAGGCUAUGUGCUCAAAUUUGAGUUCAGUGGUUCCAUGCUCAACUACCUGAGUGGCAUCUACAAGACAAGCUACUGGGAUGAAGUAUCCCAAAGCAACAAGUUUAUGAUCACUUCACAAUUUCAGCCCACAUUUGCACGCAUGGCAUUUCCUUGCUUUGAUGAACCGGGAUUCAAAGCAAAUUUUACGAUAAUGGUCAUUCACAAUGCUACAAUGAAGGCUAUAUCUAAUAUGCCUGUUGACAAGAUUCGCAUCUUGGAUGACACCAGAGUUGCAACAAGAUUCCAGGAAUCCCACAAGAUGACAACUUAUCUUGUGGCUAUUGCUGUCUGUGACUUUGACUACAUAUCAGGGAACACAUCAAGUGGUACACCGGUGCGAGUUUUCGCCCGGCAGGAUAUGCUCCCUCAUGCAAAUUAUGCGCUUUCAGCCACCAUUCAAGUCCUGGAACUCUUUGAAAAUCAGUUUGCAAUAAGGUUUCCUCUUCCAAAGCUAGACAGCAUUGCCAUUCCGGACCCCCAAGCAGCUGCUAUGGAAAACUGGGGCCUGAUCAUGUACAGCGAAUGCAUGAUGCUCUACAACCAAAAUCUGACAUCUGUCUCUGAUCACUACAGCACAGUAGAAGUUAUAUCUCAUGAACUGGCACAUAUGUGGUUUGGAAACCUUGUUACAAUGAAAUGGUGGGAUGACUUAUGGUUGAAUGAAGGAUUCGCUACUUAUAGCUCUCAUAAAGGAAUUGAACUUGUUGAGCCUACGUGGGACGCAGAAACACAAUUUUUGUUGAAGCUCAUAUCAGGAGUCCUUGAAAAAGAUGCAGUUUUAAGUUCCCAUCCCAUUGUUAUGCCAGUCACCCAGCCAAAUGACAUCACGGAGAUAUUUGAUGUUAUAUCCUAUAGCAAGGGGUCAGCAGUUAUCAGAAUGCUGGAAUCCUUUAUGGGAACAGGAGACUUCAUACGAGGACUUCAGAAUUACUUAAAAAGCCGGAAGCGCAGCAGUGCUGUAACACUAGAUCUGUGGAAAUCACUGGAAAGUGUCUCAUCAAAACAUCAACACAUUACUACAAUCAUGAACACUUGGACAAGACAGAUGGGCUACCCGUGUGUGUCAGUUAGACGACUGCAUAGCAACUCUAGCCAGUAUGAAUUUGUCCAGCAAAGGUUUCUGCUGAACCCUGAUGAUGCAGCAAAUCUCACCAAUGAUUCGCCAUUCAGGUAUACAUGGGAAAUUCCUUUGAGCUAUAAGACUUCUGAAGGAAAUGAAGGACUUCACUGGCUGAGGACUAAGAAACCAGAAAUCAUUGGUCUACCCAUCACUAAAGACAGCUCAUGGGUAAAGUUUAACAGUGAAUUCAAGGGAUACUAUCUCGUGAAAUAUGAUGACAAUGAACUAAAAAUGUUCUCUCGGCUUCUACUGGAAAAUCAAACACAAUUGUCUGCUUCCGACCGUGCGGCGCUACUUCUGGAAACAUUUUUACUGGCACGAGCUGGCAUGACCCCUUAUUCUUCUGCAAUGGACCUCACCAAGUACCUUCGGCGUGAACGCCAUUUUAUACCUCUUAAGGUGGCAUCCAGAGUCUUCCAGCACAUCGCUAUGUGUCUAAGAGGGCACCCAGAGAAGACCCUUUUUCUGGAGUAUGUGAGAUACAUAAUGGAAGAAGCUUUUGAAGAACUCAUGUGGAGGGACAAAGGUGAUCACUUGACAAAACGUGCACGUGAAGUGGUUUUACACUUAUCCUGCUUCAGUGGGGAAAAGGUUUGCCUGAGACAUGCUGGAGAGCUGUUGGAUGCCUGGUUUGCAGGUGCUAUGAUCCCACCAAACCUUCGAGAGCUUGUGUAUAUCUGGGGAAUGACAGCAAGUGGAAAUGAAACAAUAUGGGAGGCCAUGUACUUAAGAUAUCAAAAUGAAGCACUGCCAGCAGAACGGAAAAGCCUCAUCAAAGGACUAGCAAGCAUUGAUAACAGAACUGUCAUAGAAAGGCUUCUGACAUUGUCCCUUGAUGACUCUGUCAUCAAAAGGGCAGACUUUACUGUUCUUAUUGAACACCUUGCAACCAGAGACAUUGGUCUCCCCUUAGCUUGGAAUUUUAUAAGGAAUAAUUGGGAGCACCUUGCAUCAAGGUACUCUUCUGAUGAAAGACAGCUGGGGGCAGUAGUGUUUUCUGUUUGCAAACACUUCACCACACAAGAAGAACUUCAAAAGGUUGAGCAGUUUUUUGAAGAAUAUCCCGAAGGAGGCAAAGGGAAGCGAAACAGCCUCCAGGUGCUUGAGACAGUGAGAGCAAAUAUUCGCUGGCGGAACUUUUUUGCAACAGCAGUGCUGACGUGGGUGAAUAAUUACCAAUAUGCGCCCUGGGAAAAUCUCCGACUCCCAGCUCAUGUCAUGCCUGUGCACUAUGAUCUUCAGAUUCAGCCCUUCUUGGACUUGCAGACAUUUCAGGGCCAAGUGGAUAUCCGAGUGGAGCUUCUAAAACCUGUCAAGAGUGUUCAUGUACAUGCCAGAAAUCUCAGCAUCACAUCUGCUUUUAUGACAGAUGAGUCAACAAAGAUGAUGGUUCCUCUGUCUGGCACAUUUGUUUAUGAACCGAAUGAAUUUUACGUGAUGCAGUUGGGAAAUAUUGCUGAAACUGGAAUUUACAGCUUGCAUUAUGAGUUCAAAGGUUUUUUGUCGAGAGACCUGCGUGGAUUUUACCUUAGCAGUUACCCUGCUGGAAUGAAUGAAACAAGGUACCUUGCAACCACACAGUUUGAACCUACAGAUGCUAGAAAGGCAUUUCCUUGUUUUGAUGAACCGAGGUUUAAAGCAACAUUCAGCAUUAAAAUCAUCCAUGAUCCUGAGUACAUCGCCCUCUCUAAUAUGCCAGUCAUGGGCACAGAGAUAACAACAACAGGUCUACAAGUCACACAGUUUCAAAAGACUGUAAAGAUGACAACUUAUUUAGUUGCUUUGAUCGUUUGUGACUUUCAUAACAUCUCUGGAGAGAGCUUGAAUGGAGUAGAGGUGAAAGUCUAUGCCAGAGAAGAAGAAAUUGGUAAAGGUCAUUAUGCACUUGGAGCUGCACUGAAAAUUCUAACCUACUUUGAGGAUUAUUUUGGAAUAAAGUACCCAUUGCCCAAACUAGAUUUAAUUGCCAUUCCCGAUUUUUCAUCUGGAGCAAUGGAAAACUGGGGAUUAAUAACAUUUCGAGAGGCUCGGCUUCUCUACGACCCAGCAACAUCAUCAACCUCUGACCUUAUGACUAUAUGUCGUAUCGUUGCACAUGAGAUUGCUCACAUGUGGUUUGGAAAUCUUGUUACCAUGGAAUGGUGGGAUGAUCUUUGGCUUAAUGAAGGGUUUGCCAGCUACAUUCAGUACAAAGGCAUGGCUUAUGCCAGUCCCGAGUGGGAACCUGAUGCUUUGUUUACAACUGUUUUAGCCAGUGUCCUUGAAGCAGAUUCUGUGAUAUCAUCCCACCCAAUCAUUCAACAUGUCAAUAACCCAAGUGAAAUAUCAUCACUCUUUGAUGUGAUAUCCUAUGCAAAGGGUUCAUCAGUCCUUCGCAUGUUAGAAGACUUCAUGUCAGAAGAUGACUUUCGAUAUGGCAUAGGUAAAUAUCUGAAAAAGUACAAGUUUGCAAAUACAAUCACCUUUGAUCUUUGGGAUGAACUUGAGGCAUCAUCAUCUAGUGGCUUGAGCAUAACUAGUAUCAUGGAAAGCUGGACCAAGCAAAUGGGAUUUCCUCUUGUUUCUGUGGAAAGAAAUGGAAACAGUUUUGAUAUGAGACAGUCACAAUUUUUGAUAGAUCCAGACACUGUCAUGAAUCGCAAGCCAACACCAUUCAAGUACAUCUGGAAGAUUCCCGUCACAUACCAUACCAGUGAAGGUAAAACAGGACUGCUUUGGCUGACGAAACCCCAGCAAACAUUCAGAAUAGCAGUUUCUGAAAAUUCAUGGGUUAAAUUCAACAACAAUAUGACUGGAGUCUUCUUUGUGAAGUAUGACAAAAAGAACUUUCUUUUACUUGAAGAUGUACUUAAACGGGACAUCAAUGCUUUUACUCCAGCUGACAGGGGAGAACUGUUGGCAGAAGCCUUUUUCCUAGCUAGAGCAGGUCACUUGAGCUACAUGUCUGCUCUGAAUCUGAGCAGAUACAUUGUCCAGGAAGACCAUUAUGUACCUUGGUCAACAUUUUCCUCGGCAGUUUCAUUCCUGCAUCAUCGCCUCACUGGCACAGAGACUGGAAAACAUUUCAAGGCAUUUAUCAGAGGCUUACUCACUGAGGCUUUGAAAGGUGUUAAGUUCAGUGACACAGGAACUCACUUAGAAAGGCUAAGAAGGGCAGCUAUAUUCAAGGUCGCUUGCAGAUGUGGUGAGAAGAGUUGUCUCCGUGUUGCAAGUCAUGCUUUCAAAAUUUGGCUGAAUGGAGAAUCAGUUGAACCGAACUUCAAGAACAUUGUAUUUCACUAUGGCAUGAGGCAGAUUGGUGAUGAAAGCACAUGGCAGCAAGUAUUUGAAAAAUACCUUCGAGAGCCCAGCCAUGCAGAAAAAAUUAAAAUAAUGACUGCUCUGGGACAAGUUCAAGAUGAAGCCAUACUCUCCAGAUACCUCAACUUUACUUUUGAUGAAACAAAGAUAAGAGCUCAGGAUAUUGGUACAGUUUUUGGGACUGUUGUAAGCAACCCGAAGGGACACAAUCUUGCUUGGAACUUUUUAAGAGAAAACUGGAAUUCCAUAACCAACAAGUUCGGAAAGCAUUCUCGUACACCAGGAAAAUUGCUUCGAGCUGUCUGCAGUGAUUUCAACACUCCUGAAAAGAUGCAGGAGAUAAAGGAGUUUCUCAAGGAACAUCCCGAAACAGAUGCAACAAAACAGUCUCGGAGAGAAUGCCUCCAAGAUGUGGAGAACAACAUCAAGUGGAUAUCGAAAUUUGAGCCAAAAGUAGCAGAGUCUUUACGGGGAUUGCUCAGUUGACCAAUGUAUCUCUGUGAGCAGUUCAUUACUUUGUCCUAAGCCAGCAUAUAUUGUUAAUAGAUAAUGUUAGAAGAAAGUUCAAAAGAGGUAUUUCAUUUAAACCUUACUCUGUUCUUUGAAAGAGAACCUGCAGCGUGUGUACGAUAUACUGUGAUGGUCAAAAAUAGUUUUAUGUACAACUUUUUAGAUAUGACAGAUUAUAAAAUGGUCAAACUUGCAGGAACUUAGGGACAAGUCAAAGAACAACUGUUUUUUACCAAAGUGAUUUUACAGGAGUCAUGUAAAUAGUUAUUUGUACAUACAUUAUUUUAUUGAGAACAAGUAUCAUAUGUGUCAUUUUCUACAGAGUAUUUCAUCAAUAUCUGCAUAUAUAUUAUAACAUUUGCAUUUCAAAUUGCCACUGUUGCACAUAUUAUAAACAAAAUAAGCUGCCAUUAUUGUGUGACUGCCAGAUAUAUACAAUUAAAUUAUAAACUAAUUGCAUUUCAUACAUUGUCAAUAUUACAUUACAUUUUGCUUCAAUAAUCUGCAUGUAAAAGUUUUACGUGGAACCUCUAUUAUACGGCUUUCACCCAGGCAUCAUAUAAUCACCCAAGUAUCAUAUAAUUUGGACUUUGAAAAUAGCGUGUGACCCAUAAUGUUGCACUACAAGAUUACAAGAAGUUUUAAUUUGAACUACAAGCAAUCGCUGGGAGGGACUUAGAAACCAAAACCACUCAGAAAGUAAAUACAAAAAGAAUACUAAUGGGCACAUGCCAAUCACACAUUACUGGGGAGGAGUUGAGUAACUUUCACCACCAAAGCUUGCUCGCCAAUAUCCUAAAGCUUUAUUUCUUCAAUGAUGCAUUUUUAAGUACAUCAGUCAGCUUGAUAGAGCCAAGCAGCUACUAGUGGUUUUUUUUCAAGUGCAGCAACUUACACAACAGGGGUAUAGCCAAAAAUUUUUUUGUGUGGGUGAAGGGGAGGAAGGCUUCAGUUCCUCGAACUACACCUGGCUACGUGAGUGGUCGGAAGGAGGUAUGUGCCACAGAAAUCAGGCAAGUCUCACCACUCACCACCUGUUUACAAAAAGUGAAAAGGGGAACACAGAGAUGGCAAACACCAAUCAAGAUUUUUGGUCAUGCUAGUCACUAAUUAAGAAAGACUUAAAUAAACCAUCAGGAUAAAACUAGUGAUGAACAUUGAGAGCUUCGCUGGUUAACCACCUGUACGAAGUGCUUGGGCAGUGAUGUUUUGUUGCUAUUAUUACUAUAUAUUAGUAUUGCAGUGUCAGGCGAUUGCGAUGAGAACCAGCUUUAUAGAGAGAAAAAGUAAAGAAAUGUUUGUGAACAAUCAACACACAAACAUUAAGAUAGAAGAAAACACCAGUAGCGAAAGGGAAGGGAUGAGGGGGCAGCCACACGUUGUGGAGACAAUGCAAAAAUGAUGGAGACGGUAAGCGAGAGGGAACUGCUAAAUGACAGUGGCACACCUUAUCUCAUGCAACCCAGUCACACAAAAGGCAGUCAUUGACAUUGCAGAUAAAAUGAAACCUCUUGGCAGAUGGAAAUAUUUUUCUUUUACCACGUACAAACCUCAUUACACUACAAAUGUGCAUGCUGCAAAGGCCACAAAAAAACACAUUCCUAUACCUCACAAAAUUGUGCAUACGGUAACUGUUUUGAAUUACAAAUCACAGUGCUCUCACUGCAUAAAGCUUGCAAACUGAUGAUAAACAUGAGCUUGCCAGUUUACACCUAUGGUAGACCCCAUCUCCAAACCCCUUUUCGAGCAAUGAGUGGCCACCCUAAACAGAUAUGACCCUUACCAUCAAGCGUAAGGCCCUAGUAGUGGAGGAAAACAGUGAGCAGGCAGAGCUGACUACCUUCACAUUUAACUUGUGAAAUGCUUCAUGUAGAAUAAAAUACUGUAAUUGCCCAUUAUUGGGCUUGCAGUUUAGCACAGAUUGCCAUACGAAACAGGGGUUGUGUAAUCUUGUGUUGCAUAUUCAGGGUUCUUAGUGCAUUGUAUUAUCAAAUGAAAAAAUCUGAAUCGUUGCAAAAUUUGGUGGUGCAUGAUUGGUGUUCCACUGCUUAUACAUAACGUAUUUCUUCGAACCAAGGUUUUCUUGCAAGAAAUUCUUUGAAAUCACCCACAUGGUGUGACAAUUGCACAAUUCAAACCAUUUGUGAAAGACAAUUUUGUAUAUCUGAAGGUAUGCUCUCUAUGAAAAAAAAUGAGAUUUUAAAUCAUAGCAUUCAGGCUCAUUGAAAUGCAGUAGGAAAUGUGUGCCUGACAAGACAUUCAAAUUAUCUCUUUGAAGUUAGGGGUUGUCAGUAGCAUAGCGAAUAUAUCUUAAGUGUGAUGAGGGUAGUAUAUGAUGAGGACCAAAUUAGAGCUAAUGUUAUUCAUAAUGCAGUAUUAUACAGGAUAGUUAAGUUAUUUUACAAUAAUAUAAAUGAUGAGGUAUGGACACUUCAGUGCAAUGUUCUGAAUUUUUGGGUGUACACUGUGUUGCCUGUUUUUUACUUAAUAUAGCUUAGCAUGUUUCUGUUCAAGUGUGAAUCAGUAUGUGCACCACAAAAUAAAGGCAGGAGAUCAGUGAUUUUUUUUUACAUUACUUCAUGUGUCAACAUGCUUUGAUGCAAUUUUGCUUCAGUUCAGAAACAUAUGUCCUUUCACUGUGUAGGUAUAUUUUAAGGCAGUAGCCAAACGACACACAAGUUGCAUCCAUGGUCAUAAUUCGCACACUUAAUAGUGAUAACAUGCUUCUUCAAACCUUCUGUUUCAUUUGAGUCAGUCAUUCAAUGUGCUGGAGUAGGGUCAUGAGUUGAACCCAAGCUAUAGUAGAGGCCAUGAGUGUAUCAACGCAUGCCUUUCAUCGCAUAUCAUUGCUUUUACAUGCAAUGCUAUGGUCUCACCAUUAACUGCAUGGAAUGACCCUAAUGUUUUUUGUCUGUGAUGUUAUUUCAUUUUAGAUGUACACCCUUCACCAUACAUGGAGCAUUUCUUUAAGUACUCUUUGCCUUGCCAGUCUUUAGGUUCGAAAAAAGUGCCAAUUUGGGCACAUCUGUCUUGCACCAAUCUAACCUAUUUAAAUUACCUGCAAUUGAGUUAUUGUGGUGGUAGACAUUCAUUUUGGUUUUAUUUUUUUCCCGUGGGUGCCAUUAUUUAACGGCAAAAGUGUGCACUUCAAAUUAUGAGUAGUUCCUUGUCUGAAAUUUUCUGAUUAGUGUAUUGACACCUAUUCAUAAAUAUAUGCUGAUGUGUGCUGUUAACCCUACGUCUAGUCCAAAGAGGCACCAAGUCAAACCUUGGUACACUAUAUAUAUGGUACUAUAACCCUUAUUGCUUAAAAUUGAAUGAUCUAGAAGUGUGACUUGGUAAUUAUCCCAUGCCUGCAGAAUCAUUCCCUUUGAUUGUGGCACUAUGGUCAAAAAGUGUAGCUUCCAAGCGUCUUUCACUACUUUUGCUAACCACCCUUGCCCCUCCCAUACUCCAAGUACUUCCACUGCCCUUCAAUGUGCUUGCAUAUAUGUCAUCCUACUCACACUGUCCUGUAAUUUAUUGUAGAAAAUUUGCUUCACAUCCUCAGCACUGGCUGUAGGACAGCCACUUUUAAUUAUUUUAUCAGUUAUUCUCUUGGUAAGAUUGUGUAUUUAAUGUCCUCUAUAAAUUUUACUGUAACAGACAAAUGGAUAUUUAAAAUUUAUAUAUUUACAACCUAUAAAGCCAAGAUUAUUGUAUGUAUGAAGGGUAUGAGUAGAUGAUAAAGACACAAUUGAAAGUAAGGGAAAUAACAGAAAUCGUGUAAAUGACUAAUCUUUUAAGGAUGUUGUGUGGUCUUUUUAGAUGCUUUUUAGCCUGUAACAUGCAUUUAUCAUUUGAGCAUUGCUGUAGUAAAUGUUGAAAUUGUGAAAAUUCAUAGUAUACAUGCAGGAAGGGCUGAUAAUUAUAAAAUAAUGCUGCGGCAGAUGGUGCCACUACCUUUGAGCCACAGAAUAGGGCAAAGUGUGGCACAUUCUAGCAGGUUUAUGUAGUGCAAUCAUAGCAAUUUGAAACAGUAGCAUCAGAGAAAACUAUUAUCAGGUAAACAUUGUAUCAGGUAAAGAGCAAAGAUAGGUCCCAUACUUAUACCAUUGUCACAUUCAAAUAAUUCAAUACCUAACUGAAGGUAAAUGAAUGGUGUUCUUGACUUAUGUGCAUGCCCAUUGUGGCUCACAAUUUGUUUUUGUUUUUUUCAACAGGAGAUAUUCAAUGUAUUUUUCGCUUAAAAGUGCCUUUUAUUACCAUACACUUCGUUUUGCUUUUCUGAAGUAAAAGGCAAAAUGGCAAAAAACUGUCUUGUAUGGGUGUUUUGGAUCACACUUUUGGUAGCUUCUCUGCAUAAAAAAAUGCCUAACCAUGGUGACAAGGUUCAGACAGAUGCAGUUAGGUGUCCCAUUAUGCAUAAUCAUUUCCCGCACAACUGUUGUGGUGACAGAAGACCCCUCAUGGUUCUGCAGUGAAUGAAUUUUUUUUUCAAAUAUUGAAUGCUAGUUUGGAUGUACGUCUUAUAGCCUUCGCCUACAAAACUGGGUCUGUUUCUUUUAAAUAGUCAUACAGUCAGUAGUUUGCCAUUUAUUGACAGUUUGCAUAUUUGUGGAUGUUCUCUGCAUACAUCAUGGGGUUAGUCUAAUAUUUAUCUUUAUUUGUACCCAGUGAAGACUGCCUGCAUAGAGGCUGCCAUUCCUGUGACAGCUUUAUGUGCCAAAGCAAGAACAGUGGCAGCUGUGAAUAGAGUUAUUUAAAAUAAUAUUUCUCUUGUAGUAACAGCUGAUUAAGUUGCCAACAAAUGCCAUGCUUGUCUGGAAGUGUCACCUUAGAGAGUUUGUCCACCAUUCACAUCAGAAUAAAUAGUUAUAAUGAUUACAUUUGUUUUCUCAUGCUAAAAUAUUAAUGAAUUUUUUUUUACCGGCUUACUUUGUAUGUGCUUUUAAAUCCUCCAAAGUACCACAGUGUAUGGGAUAUGUGCAAAUGCACCUAAAUUAAAGUUGGUGUAGUUUUAAAAGGAAACCACAUUGUCCUACAUGUCAUCAUUUGUGAUCAGCAUCUGCUUUAAAGUGUCUUGUUUUCUUAUGAAUCACACUUUUUUCUCCUCUGUGACCGUGCUAAAAUAAAAGAAAUUAAUGAGGUAUACUUGCAUGUUUAAUGUCAAGUGGCAAGCAUUUAGUCAUGUUUUGGUGUCCUCAGUAUUCAAAAUUAAAAUAUCAUUUCAUUGAAA